GCUCAGUUCUUUGUGAUAUUUGGAGGUGCUGGCGUUUCUAACGGCCCCCGGUGUCCAUGUCGCUGUCCAUGGAUUUGCACCAGUUCGCCCAUAAAACAGCUGAGAUCAGUCUCUCCUUACCCCCUGCGCACGGCUACGAUCUAUUCUCACCAUGUCUGCACUGUUCAACAUGCGUUUCUUGGAUAUUGCGGCCCUUGGCAUUGUGGCAUGGCUAGUGGUCGUGAUCUACCGCCGUGUAUUGGUGAAGGGGCGCAUGACUAGACUCAGGGGUCCUCCAAGGAAGAGUUGGAUCUUGGGCUACAACCGCGAAUUGAUGGUUACAACAAGUGGACCGUGGUUUGAAAAAUGGGCGAAAGAGUAUGGCGCUUGCUUCAUGCUCCCUUCGGAACUAGGGACACACCGCCUUAUAUUGACUGAUCCACGCGCUAUCGCUCAUGUGUUGACAACAAAUUCGUACCACUAUAGGAGGCCUGAAGGCUUGCGUUUGGCAACGAAGAAGCUUCUGGGUGAGGGUAUCCUCAGCGCGGAAGGCGAUGAUCACAAGCGGCUGAGAAAGGCCUUGAACCCGGGAUUCACUCCUCAGGCAUUGAAACAGUUUGUUCCCACAUUUUAUGAUUCCGCGCACAAGGUUGAAGAGGCAUGGAAUUCGCUCCUCGCUGAUCACAAGGACCCCGAAGCGAUCAUUGAUGUACAACACUGGAUGAAUUCUAUUACUUUGGAUACUAUUGGACUUACCGGAUUUUCGUACGAUUUUGGCACUUUGCGAGGAGAGCGGCCACCUGUGGUGGAUGUGCUCGCCACUUUUGGCACGAAGAAGGUCGACUUCCUUUCCGCCCUCACUUUCCUCCUAAUCCAAACCGUACCUCAAGUCCUCAACAUCCCCUCACCACGGAAUAAGCUCUUUACAGCAUUGAAUGACUCGAUGAGCGAUGUUGUAAGGAAGGUGCUCGCCAAAGUGAAAGAGGAAAAAUUGGAGACCCACGACCACUUUUCAAUGCUUGGCCCUCUUUUAAAGUCGGAAGGGAGGACAAUAACAGAUGUCGAGCUCUCCGCACAGAUGAACACCCUGAUCUUGGCAGGGUACGAGACCACGGCGAGUACGUUGUUUUUCCUUUCACUUUAUUUCUCGGGAUCCAACGCCUUGAACCUAGACAGUCUUAGUUGGUGCCUGCAUGAACUCUCUAUGCGACCGGAACUGCAACGAAGGAUGCGCGAGGAACUUUCCCAAUUCCCUGAUCCAACAUACGAUCAGCUUUUGCACCAGAUGCACUUGUUAGAAGCUGUCUGUCGCGAAACGCUUCGUACCCAUGCGCCUGUCCCGGACCAUGCACGAUACGCCGUUGAGGAUGACAUUAUUCCCCUCUACGAGUCGGUGAUAACGAAAGACGGCGACGUCGUCGAUUCAAUCGAGAUCACGGCAGGACAGAGUCUCACCAUCGGCAUUGAAGCUGUCAACACGUCAGUCCAUAUCUGGGGAUCAACUGCUCAUGAAUUCGAUCCCGACCGAUGGCUGAAAGGCAACUUACCAGUGCUUGCUGAGGAAAUACAGGGAUAUCACCACCUUCUAACGUUCACCGACGGGCCGAGAUACUGUAUCGGCAAACAGUUCGCUGUCCUCGAAUUCAAGGCUGUUCUCGCCGUACUCAUGAGGAAGUUUGCGUUCGAGCCCUCCGAUCAUACGGGCCAGAAUGUGAAAGCUCAUCGCGGAUUCCUCCGCCGUCCGCAGACGAUUGGACAGGAGCUAGGCAGCCUGAUGAUGCGGGUUCGUCAGGUGGAGGCAUGAGCACCUUUAUGUAUUUAUUCCGAGGAUAAACGUCUGAUGUAGGAUACACGGUAA